AUGGGCAUCAUUCGAACGACACUGACGGCUGGCAUUUGGGGCGUCACCGGUGGCGUGGCCAGCCUCGGCGCAGGAAUGGCCUACCUCGCAGCCGGCACCACUUUGGUCCCCAUGUCCAAGAGCGACCCCUGGUUCAAGACAAAGACGUACACCAAGUACAACCCGAAGGGCAACCCGGCACUGAUUGACGACUGCAUCAAACGUGUGCCUCUGAGCAAGAUCCGACCUGAUCUGCGGGACAACGAGGAGGCUUUGACUUUGGAGUUCUGCCGAGGAAUCUGGGGCCGAUGGGGUUUCUGGCCGCAAACUAAGAUGCAAGAGCGGUAUGACGCUCCUCCAGGCUCUGAACAUGAUGCUUGGAAAACGUCAGAGCUGGCUGAGUCCAAGUUCGAGCAGGGCUUGAGGAUGGUAAACCACUUUGAGGUUGUGGAGAAUAAGGGCGAUGAGAUCACCGUCAGAUGCGGUGGCUCCCCGAUGAACCCUGGCCUGAGAAACUCGGACGGGCUGGUCUCGAUCAGCGCGCGGAUCGACCGUCAGAAGCAGGAAGCCAUCUUCAGUCUCAAGUCGGCCUUGUUCAACAGUGCUGGCGCAUUUGCGCCAGAGGCUGAGCACCCCAUCCCGCCCAAGAUCACGUUCCUUCAUGGGUGGGGAUUCCAGAAAGGUAGAGAGCUCGUUGAAUUGUUGACCGGUGUCCAGCGCUGCCAGCUGCAGGAGCUCUCUGCCGGAGCGUCAGAAGCUGGUCAAGACGCCGAAAUUGGCAUCGAGUACCUCUCGGUGGGUGCCAACAGGCAUACAGCGGUCGCAGACUGGAGUCAAGAUGGUAUCGUAGCCUUUGGCAGCGACUGCACUGUGGCUCUAUGGCAGCCCAAGGAUGCGGCCGUGAAUGGCAUCAGGACUCUGCUUAGGGGACACACAGACGUCGUGAAGGCGGUCAAGUUUCUGCCCAAAGCUGAGGGUGAGACUGAAUCGAUUCUCAUCACAGGCGGGGAUGACAAGUGCCUGAAAAUAUGGAAACUGGAGCCAAGCGGUUCUGCCUCAUGCGUUCAGACCAUCCAAGAGCACACAGCGUCGAUUAACUGCAUAGCAACUGCACAUAGCAGACGCCGGGACACCUCGAGGGUUUUUGCAACGGGUGCAGCAGAUGCAUCCAUCAAAAUAUGGCGAUUGGAAGGUGGUGAAGCCACGCUGCUGCAGACAAUCAAGCCAACGCCCAAGUUUUUCCCUCUCUGCAUAGCUCUCAGCGAUCUGAGCGCGGAGGGAGAUGGGCUAGUCCUGGCAGCGGCUGGCACCCGGAAUAUUGUUCAAGUUUUUGUAGCUGCGUCCGCAGCCGAGCCUCAGUUUGAAGUACAGGCGACACUGGCGGGACAUGAUGAAUGGGUUCGCUCGCUAGACUUUGCCUUUGAGAAAGCGAGUCCCACCAGCGAUUUGAUCCUCGCAUCUGCCAGUCAAGACAAAUACGUUCGUCUCUGGCGCUUCCACCGGGGCACAGAGCUCCCAGCAGCCGCUGCUGAGGGCAACGACCCGACGAUGGGCGCUUUUCUGCCCGGGAAGUCUCCAUCGAACAAGGCGCACCGAUUGAAGUCCGGAGACAUGGAUUUCUCCAUCACAUUCGAGGCCUUGCUGCUCGGCCACGAUGACUGGAUAUACAGCGCCAAGUGGUUCUCGAAUGAAAACGGAACACUGCAGCUCCUCUCAACCUCAGCUGAUAACACGCUUGCGAUUUGGGAGGCCGAUCCAUCAUCGGGUAUCUGGGUCACUACCGUUCGGCUUGGUGAGAUUAGUCGAGAAAAGGGUGCUACGACAGCCACGGGAAGCACAGGUGGCUUCUGGACGGGCCUGUGGUCGCCAGACGGCAAGUCAGUCGUGACCCUCGGCCGAACGGGGAGCUGGCGUCGCUGGGAGUACAACAGGGACAACGAUCAAUGGCUUCCCAACAUCGGUGUCAGCGGCCACACUCGAUCUGUUACUGGUAUCUCGUGGUCUAAGAACGGUGAAUAUCUCCUGUCAACCAGCUUAGAUCAAACAACGCGCUUGCAUGCGAAGUGGACAGCAGGAUCUAGUAAUGGUUCGUGGCAUGAGAUUGCGAGGCCCCAAAUUCACGGGUACGACAUCAACUGCAUCGAUUCGAUCGGGUCCUCUCAAUUUGUUUCCGGGGCCGAUGAGAAGCUGAUGCGGGUCUUCAACGAGCCCAAAGCCGUUGCAAAACUACUGAACCGGCUUUGCGGCAUUGAGGACUCACAGAUCGAGAACUUGCCAGAUGCCGCCAACAUGCCGGUGCUGGGACUGUCGAAUAAAGCCAUCGAGGCUGUGGAUGAUGACCAAGAGGUCGAAGCAGCCAACCCGGAGGCCGACCGGGAAGCACUUGAUCCUGGAUCAACGGUCCGCAAGUCCGUCUUGGAGAUUGACCACCCGCCUUUCGAAGACAGUCUGUCAAGGCAUACCCUUUGGCCGGAGGCCGAAAAGCUGUACGGCCAUGGCUACGAAUUAUCAUGCCUGGCCACGAGCCACGAUGGCACCAUAGUCGCGAGUGCGUGUAAAGCCAGCUCGCUGAACCAUGCUGUCAUCCGACUGUUUGAGACGGAGCGGUGGACGGAGAUCAGACCUCCCCUGGCGGCUCAUACCCUGACGGCAACCCGCCUGCGAUUCUCCCCAGAUGAUAGAUAUCUGCUCAGUGUUGGCAGAGACAGACAAUGGGCUGUAUUCCAACGAGAUUCAGAAGACAGGUUCAAGUACCAGCCGCUACAGAGCAAUCCCAAAGGCCACACGAGAAUGAUUCUCGAUGCGGCAUGGGCGCCAGCGUCCGAUUCUAUAGUUUUUGCGACCGCUGGACGAGACAAGCAGGUCAAGCUUUGGAAGAGGGGAUCUGCAGACGAGACAAUUUCUCUGGCAGCUUCCAUCCCGGCCACACACCCGGUAACCGCCCUCGACUUCCUGCCGCGCAAGACUGAAGAUGGCAAGUUUGUCCUUGCUACUGGGACAGAGGAAGGCAAGGUGACUAUCCACACCGUCGACGUCGAGACCCUAAAUGUCAUCAGUAGCAUUGACCUACAACAUGAGCUCAGCGUCGCCAAAGCCGUGCUACAACUGGCAUGGAGACCGGACGCGGCAAGAAACGAGUUGGCGAUUGCAGGCGAGGAUUCCUCUCUUCGGGUGUAUUCUUACUCCCCUUCUUCUACCUAG